AUUUCCCUCCCUUGUGUGUUUGUUUACUCGGUUUUUAUUUAUUUUUAUAUCCCAUCCCAAAAUUCAAUUUUUAAUGAAAAAAAGACUGUUCAAAUUCAUUAUAAGUAAACUCUAAUUAAUAAUAUUUACAAUCUUCUAGUUUAUUGAAGUUGGUUUAGUUAAUUUUAAGAACAAAAUGAGUGAAGAAAAGGAUCAAGCAAAAAUUGCCGAUCCUGAAAACGAAAACUCCAGCCAAGAAACUGAGGACAAGGAACAGAGCAGCGAAACUGAUAAUGAGUCGAAUCUUUCGUCGGCCACUGCAGGCAGCUCGUCAAAAGGCAAGGAUAGUGAUAAAAGUGAAAAGAAACAAGCUGAAGGCAAUUGCUAUUGUGGCAAAGACAGAAAUCUAAACAUUGCUGAGCUGCUUUGUGCCAACUGUAAUCGAUGGUUUCACGAAUCUUGCAUAGGGUAUCAGCUAGGAAAAUUGGUACCGUUUUUGUCCAACUAUAUUUUUCUUUGUAAAAAUUGCUCUCCAACUGGAUUGGAAACUUUCAGGAAAAGUCAAGCUCAAAUUACCCAAAUGUGCAUGACAGCUAUUGCCAACCUCCAACAGGCCAGUGUCAAAGAUGGCUCCAAUAAGACUUUAUUCAACAAAGAAAAGGAAAUUAUUCCAUAUAUUGAAUAUCAUUGGGAAGCUAUAACAACUACAUCAAGGAGAGUCACCCAAUCAUGGCACUCAACCGUUACAAAAACUUUAAUAAAAGACAUCCAUAUUCUUUUUGUUUUUGAGGACAAAGGCGAUGGGCAAAUGUAUGGUUUAAUGGAUAACGAUCUUACUCAUAUUAAGCCCAACUAUGAUGCUAUGAUCAAGGGUGGUACUUUGAAAGUUACUGAUAUGGGUAUUCAACAUGCCUCCAAUUCGAAAUCAAAAAAUAUGAAAAGAAAGUUCCAGGGAGAUACAGGAAGUCUCAGCAAGAAGACUAGAGGAAUGGAUUUGGCAACGCCCAAAUUGCCUGCCCACGGAUAUCCACUGGAUCAUCCUUUCAACAAGGACGGAUAUCGGUAUCUAUUGGCAGAACCAGAUCCACAUGCUCCAUUUCGUCAGGAAUUUGAUGAAUGUUCUGAUUGGGCGGGCAAACCAAUACCAGGUUGGUUAUACAGAACCUCGAUUCCGAGUGCAGUGCUUUUAGCUCUUCAUGAUAGAGCUCCUCAAUUGAAAGUAUCAGAGGAUCGAUUGAGUGUUACUGGAGAAAAAGGUUAUUGCACAAUUCGGGCAACACAUUUUGUAACGAGAGGUUGUUGGUAUUGGGAAGUGACAAUAAAUAAAAUGCCAGAAGGAUCAGCGACUCGUUUGGGUUGGGGUCAAGAUUAUGCCAAUUUGCAGGCGCCAGUGGGUUACGAUAAAUUUGGCUAUUCGUGGAGAUCGAAAAAAGGGACCAAAUUCCAUGAAGCCCACGGUAAACAUUAUGCGAGCAGCGGUUACGCUGAAGGUGAUACUGUGGGAUUCAUGAUAAUUCUGCCACAAAAUAAUACUACGAAAAUUGUACCGAAUACUUAUAAGGACAGACCAUUGGUUAAAUUCAAAAGUCAUCUGUACUAUGAAGAAAAAGACAAUGUUCAAGAACGUCUUAAAUCAUUGUCUGCCCUUCCCACAAGUAAAAUUUUGUGCUUCAAAAACGGCCAGUGUCAAGGAGUCGCAUUUGAAGAUAUUUAUCAAGGAUCUUAUUAUCCUACUUUAUCCUUAUACAAAAACAUUACAGUGACAGCAAAUUUUGGGCCAAAUUUGAAAUAUCCUCCACCAGCAGAGUAUAAUUGGAAGCCUAUGUCAGAGAAAGGUGAAGAAGCGAUAUGUGAUCAAAUUGUAGCAGAUAUGCAGUUUUUAACUGAAAAUGAGGGACGAUUAAGAUUGGAUAGUUUCGUACUUUGACAUUAAUGAACCCCACGAUUUGAGACUAUUCCUUAGCUAUAGACUUUUUAUAACAUAAGUGCAUACAGUUCUCCAUAGAAAUAGAUUAUAAAUAAUUGGUAAGAUUCUUUAUUGAAACAUGGUUAAUAAAUAAUGUAUGUAUAACAAUAAAAGACAUGCCUAAUAAUCAACAAACCUAGUUUAUUUUCCAAAACCGCCCCUGCAAUUUGGACUAGGUUCAAUUUCCUCAUCCGUCCAUUGUUCUGGUGUUUUCGCAACUAUUGAAAGGGCGUGAACUCCUCCUAGGAGUUCAGCUUUUAAAAUGUCAUUUACUUUCCUGUGUCUCUAAAAAAUUAAAUGUUUCAUUUUUGAAUAGAUACAACUGAAUCUUACCUUAAUCAAAGAUAGAUUCUUGAAUUCAUCAGAUACCACAACCACUUUAAAAUGGGUUUCUGCGUUUUUUGGGACAUUGUGCAUGUAGGAUUCGUUUAUAACCUGGAGGUGAGAGGGUUUCAGGUUUUCCUGAAGUUUGGCUGUUAUUGAUGAUUCUAUGGGUUUGUCUGCUAGUGACAUUUUAGUUUUCGAGCUCAGAAAU